AUGACCGACGUUGAAGGUCUUGACUCUGUUGACUCCUUUGCCAACAGAACAACUUCUCAAGUUCGCGAAGACAUCAAAUCCAUGCGAAGAGCCCCUGAUCCCAACAAUGCAAAUGCGACUAUCGGAGUCACCGCUCGCGAAUCGAUGACGAUUCAUCGUAUCUCCAAAUACGGGAAGCUCCUCAUUUUGGUUCAAAGAACCCACACUCCAGCUCUUGGAACCAUUCCAAAUCUUCUUUUUAUUGGUCAAUUCUAUGAUGAAAAUCCGGAUCUCAUGGAAGGGGACUCCUACCCACUUC